AUGGCCAUCCUCCCCGACCGCCCAGGCAUCGAAGUCACGGUCCGGAUCCACGACCCGGCGGGCACGCCGCCCGGCGGCGGCCUCGCAUCGAUCGCGUCGGACCGGCCCAAGACGCCCAGCCCGCCGCCGGACGCGGUCGAGUACCCGUCGCCGGCGCACAAGGACCGCGCCAACUCGAGCACGCGCUACAUCGAGGCCAUCCCCGACGCCGACUUCUCCAUCGUCAUCAAGUUCACCGCGCGCAACGCCGAGCUCGAAGGGUACAGCCUCGGGCUGUGCAUCUACGUCGACGGCAUGCGCGUCCAGGGCAGCGUCAUCGACCUCAAGAGCCACGCCAGCCAGCGCGCGUGCUGGUACGUGUGCGAUGGGGCCAUGGGGUGGGAGGGCGGGAGGUGGGUGCAGAGGAGCUUGAGGUUCGAGGGGCUGGUGGUCGAUAGGAAUGCGCGGGAGAGUUUGUACCAGACGCAGUUUGAGCGGGCGCAGUGCUUGGGCGAGAUCAAAGCACGGUUUUAUCGCGUGCAAGAGGUGGGGAGGAUUCCGCACAGGGACUGCCCCAGCCCGACCAGCCCGACGGGAUUGGUCAAGUUUAACAAGGUGGCGGAAAGGGCGUUGAAGGAAAAGGCGAUUGAUCUUCAAGCGACGACGGGAAAUGUCAAGAGAACGUUUGGCAGAUGCGGAAGGGUCUUAACGGAGCAGAUCGACCCGACGGACGAGCCGUGGGCGGAAUUCACGUUCAGAUAUCGGUCCUGGGAGGCGCUGGAAGAGGAGGGAAUUCCACCAAAGUCGCCCCCGCCGGCCACGACGUUCGACUUUCUGAACUGA